CCCCCUGUGCUGAAAACGCAACAGAGCUGACACAGAACGGCAGCAGGUGGACUGUGGAGCAGAACCGUCAUCCCAGCCUGUGGCGUUCGUCAUUUCUGUGAACUAAAACGGUUCCGGGUUUUGUUCGGGAGACUGCUGUCGCACUUCGGCCACCAUGUCGACGGAUAUUACUGCAGGUGUGCAGCAUGUCUCAGUGGGUGAGCUGUACGUGUCCGACAAAUGUGGCAGCGACCAGGAUGGUGACGGCUCGGAGCAGAAACCCUUCAAAACUCCCCUCAAGGCUCUGCUGUUUGCAGGCAAGGAGCCAUUCCCCACCGUCUAUGUGGACUCUCAAAAGGACGGCGAGCGCUGGGCAGUGAUCUCUAAAACGCAGAUGAAGAACGCAAAGAAGGCCUUUAACCGCGAGCAGCUAAAGAGUGAUUCCAAAGAAAAAAAAGAGGCAGAGGACAUCGAGAGGAGAGAGAAGAACAUGGAGGAGGCCAAGAAGAUCACCAUAGAGAAUGACCCCAGCCUGCCUGCGCCUGAAACGGUUAAAAUUCGGCACCUGGAGGAAAAGCGGGGGCAGCGGGUCAAAGUGUUUGGAUGGGUGCACCGCCUCAGGAGGCAGGGGAAGAACCUGAUGUUCAUCGUUCUGAGAGACGGAACGGGUUUCCUGCAGUGUGUCCUGUCUGAUAAACUGUGCCAGUGCUACAACGGCUUGAUGCUGUCCACAGAGAGCUCCGUGGUUCUGUAUGGGACCAUCAACGCAGUUCCUGAGGGGAAGCAGGCGCCCGGCGGCCACGAGCUGCACUGCGACUUCUGGGAGCUGAUCGGAUUGGCCCCGGCAGGUGGCGCCGACAACCUGCUGAACGAAGAGUCGGACGUGGACGUCCAGCUCAACAACAGACACAUGAUGAUCAGAGGGGAGAACGUGUCCAAGAUCCUGCGAGUGCGCUCCACGGUGACCCAGUGCUUCAGGGACCAUUUCUUCAGCCGCGGAUACUACGAGAUCACUCCUCCCACCUUGGUGCAGACUCAGGUGGAAGGCGGCUCCACGCUCUUUAACCUCAACUACUUCGGCGAGGAGGCGUACCUGACUCAGUCGUCCCAGCUCUACCUGGAGACCUGCAUACCAGCGCUGGGCGACACCUUCUGCAUCGCCCAGUCCUACCGGGCCGAGCAGUCUCGCACCCGCAGACACCUGGCUGAAUACACUCACAUAGAGGCAGAGUGUCCCUUCAUCACCUUUGAAGACCUGCUGAACCGGCUGGAGGACCUGGUGUGUGACGUUGUGGACCGAGUGCUCAAGUCCCCCGCUGGUCAGCUGCUGUAUGACAUCAACCCGAACUUCCAACCCCCCAAACGGCCGUUCAAGAGAAUGAACUACACUGAGGCCAUCGAGUGGCUCAAAGAGCACGACGUCAAGAAGGACGACGGGUCCUACUACGAGUUUGGAGAGGACAUCCCAGAGGCUCCAGAGAGGCAGAUGACCGACGCCAUCAACGAGACCAUCCUGCUUUGUCGCUUCCCGGCAGAGAUCAAGUCCUUCUACAUGCAGCGCUGUCCGGAGGACCGGCGCCUCACAGAGUCGGUCGACGUGUUGAUGCCCAACGUUGGCGAGAUAGUGGGAGGAUCCAUGCGUAUCUGGGACUCCGACGAACUGUUGGACGGAUACAAGAGGGAGGGAAUCGACCCAACCCCCUACUACUGGUACACUGACCAGAGGAAGUACGGCACGUGUCCUCACGGAGGAUACGGCCUGGGCUUGGACCGCUUCCUCACCUGGCUGCUGAACAGACAUCACAUCAGAGACGUCUGCCUGUACCCACGGUUCAUCCAGCGGUGCCGACCCUGAGCACACGUGCACACUCUCGUGUACAGCCAGGUCUCCGGAACGCAACCGCACAAGCGUAGAACUCCAUACUGUUCCCCGAUACUUCAGCAUCUUCGCUUUUAUUGUAAGAAAACAAACGUGUUUUAGUUCUGGGACUUGACCGCUAACCCCGUCCACGUCUGCCUCUGCACAACAGGAGUAUUCUGUGAUUAUAUGGACUCAGCCGCUGUCCCCUUCCUUUGUCUCUGUGAUCCACCUGGGUUUCAUUUUUCGAUUGCGUUGCAUGUUUGUUCUGAAAUUCAUAUUCAAGCUUAUAGCUGUUCAAUAAAACAAAUCGGUGACACGUUCUGGAGCUUCCAGUUAUUCCCUGCAGAGACGAACGAAAAGACAGGCGACUUUAGUUUUCAUGUUUAUACUAAGAACCAGUAGAAGGCAUCUGGGGACAGAAGAUCUAAAAAUGUGUCUGACGAGCAGCCUGCCUGCAUCAGUGGAGCGGACCGUUUGUUCUGAAUCUACAACAACUUCUGAACUGAAAUAAAAACCUUUCAAA